UCGCCGCCGCCGCCGCCAUUUUAGGUGCCGCUGGCGGGGGAGGGAGGGAGGGGAGGACCGGUGAGCGGAGCGGGGCAGCGCUUCUCCUCCCUCCUCUUCCUCCUCCUCCUCGUCGGGGCCGAGCCGUGCCCUCCGCCCGGCGCAGAGCGGAGCGCGGACCAGCGGGGGCGCCACAGCCGCCCCGGCAGCCGGGGGUGCGCGCUGCCCUGCACCGCUCCGCGCUGCCAUGCCGCCGCGCCGCCCGGGCAUGCCGCGCUCGCUGCUGCCGGCCCCUGCCGCCUGCCUGCUGCUCGCCGGGCUGCUCUGCGGGGGAGCGGCGGCCGCUCGAGUUAACAAGCAUAAGCCAUGGAUUGAAACAACCUAUCAUGGUAUAGUUACAGAAAAUGACAACACAGUGCUCCUGGACCCCCCUUUGAUAGCCCUGGACAAAGAUGCACCUCUGCGUUUUGCAGAGAGUUUUGAGGUGACAGUCACCAAAGAAGGUGAGAUUUGUGGAUUUAAAAUUCACGGGCAAAAUGUUCCCUUUGAAGCAGUGGUAGUGGAUAAAUCCACUGGGGAGGGAAUAAUACGCUCUAAGGAAAAGCUUGACUGUGAGCUACAGAAGGACUACACAUUCACCAUACAGGCCUAUGACUGUGGCAAGGGACCAGAUGGAGCAAAUGCAAAGAAAUCCCACAAAGCAACAGUACACAUUCAGGUGAACGAUGUUAAUGAGUACGCCCCUGUGUUCAAGGAGAAGUCAUACAAGGCAACGGUUAUUGAAGGGAAGAGGUAUGACAACAUCCUCAGAGUGGAAGCAGUGGAUGCAGACUGCUCCCCCCAGUUCAGCCAGAUUUGCAGUUAUGAAAUUGUAACUCCGGAUGUACCUUUUGCUAUUGACAAAGACGGUUAUAUAAAAAACACAGAAAAGUUAAACUAUGGUAAAGAACAUCAGUAUAAACUGACAGUAACAGCAUAUGACUGUGGGAAGAAGAGAGCUGCUGAGGAUGUGUUGGUUAAAAUUAGCAUUAAGCCUACAUGCAAGCCUGGCUGGCAAGGCUGGAGCAAAAGAAUAGAAUACGAGCCUGGUACUGGUGCAUUAGCUCUAUUCCCUGGUAUGCAUUUGGAGACAUGUGAUGAGCCAGUAACCUCAAUUCAAGCAACGGUUGAACUAGAAACCAACCAUAUUGGUAAAGGCUGUGACAGAGACACCUACUCUGAGAAAUCCAUUCACAGACUUUGUGGUGCUGCUUCUGGCACAGCUGAGCUACUUCCACCUCCAAGUAGUGCUGCUAACUGGACGAUAGGACUUCCUACAGAUAAUGGUCAUGACAGUGACCAAGUCUUUGAAUUCAAUGGCACUCAAGCUGUGAAGAUUCCAGAUGGCGUUGUCACAAUCAAUCUAAAAGAGCCCUUCAUGAUUUCAGUAUGGAUGAGGCAUGGGCCCGGAACCAAAGAGAAAGAAACAAUUCUGUGCAAUUCAGACAAGACAGAUAUGAACCGGCACCAUUACACGCUCUAUGUGCACAACUGCCGACUUGUUUUCCUUUUCCGCCAAGAUCCUUCAGAGGAAAAAACAUACAAACCUGCCGAGUUUCACUGGAAACUGAACCAAGUGUGUGACAAGGAGUGGCAUCAUUAUGUUGUCAGCGUGGAAUUCCCAGUGGUAACUCUCUACGUGGAUGGGGUUUCCUAUGAUCCUUUCCCAGUGACUGAGGAUUACCCACUUCAUCCCUCAAAGAUAGAGACGCAGCUAGUAGUUGGAGCGUGUUGGCAAGAAUAUACAGGAAAUGAAAAUGACAAUGAAACUGUGCCUGAGACCUCUGCAGGUGGUGAACUCCGCAUGGCUCAGUUUUUCCGAGGCAACCUGGCGGGUCUGAUGAUCCGUUCUGGUAAACUGGAGAAUAAGAAGGUGAUCGAUUGCCUGUACACGUGCAAGGAGGGACUGGAUUUGCAGAUGGCUGAUGGUGUUGGCAAAGGCGUGAAGAUCCACAUGAACCCGAGUCAGUCAACGCUGACUGUGGAAGGGGAAGACAUUGACAGAGUUGACAAGGCCAUGCAGCACAUUUCCUACCUGAAUUCCCGCCAGUUCCCAACACCUGGGAUUCGGAGGCUUAAAAUCACCAGUGUUGUCAGAUGUUUCAAUGAAGAUGCCUGUGUCUCCAUUCCUUCUGUGGAGGGAUAUGUAAUGGUCUUGCAACCAGAGGAACCGAAAAUCAGCCUUAGUGGCAUCAACCAUUUUGCCCGCUCUGCUUCAGAGUUUGAGAGCUCCGAAGGUGUUGCCCUCUUUCCUGAGCUUCGCAUAAUAAGCACCAUUACACGGGAGGUGGAGCCAGAGGGAGAUGGAGAUGAAGAUCCUACAGUACAAGAGUCGUUGGUAUCUGAAGAGAUCAUGCAUAACCUGGAUACGUGUGAGGUGACAGUGCUAGGAGAAGAGCUGAAUCAGGAACAGGAAAGCCUGGAGAUUGAUAUGACACGGUUACAGCAGAAGGGCAUCGAGAUGAGUAGUUCCAACCUGGGCAUGAUAAUCACAGGGGUUGAUACUAUGGCUAGUUAUGAAGAAGUUUUGCACUUGAUACACUACAGAAACUGGCACACUGCUUCCCUCUUCGACAGAAAGUUCAAGUUAGUGUGUUCUGAGCUUAAUGGUCGCUACGUCAGCAACGAGUUUAAAGUGGAGGUGAACGUCAUCCACACCGCUAACCCGGUUGAGCACGCCAAUCACAUAGCUGCACAGCCGCAGUUCGUGCACCCGGUGCACCACACGUUUGUUGAUCUCUCUGGUCACAACCUGGCUAAUCCUCACCCAUUUUCAGUCGUUCCAAGCACAGCCACUGUUGUGAUUGUAGUUUGUGUCAGCUUCCUGGUUUUCAUGAUUAUUCUGGGAGUGUUCCGAAUCCGAGCUGCACAUCAGAGAACGAUGCGUGACCAGGACACUGGAAAGGAGAACGAGAUGGACUGGGAUGACUCUGCUUUGACCAUCACUGUGAACCCCAUGGAGACUUAUGAGGAUCAACACAGCAGUGAAGAGGAGGAGGAGGAAGAGGAAGAAGAAAGUGAAGAUGGAGAAGAAGAUGACAUCACUAGUGCAGAGUCUGAAAGCAGCGAGGAGGAAGAGGGAGAGCAGGAGGAGGACCAACAGAAUGUUAAUAGACAGCAACAGCUGGAAUGGGAUGACUCUACCCUCAGUUACUGAUUCUAGCUGUUCCCUUUGUCUUUAUGUUUCUGCUCUAGAAGACUCCACUGUAACACACUCCAUUGUUACCAAGGAUUCAUGGUGUUUAAACAAAACAGAAUUCAUUCUGGCCAGUAGAUUCGAGCCCCACACAUCCCCGUGUUUGUGUUCUGUCGGCUAGUUCCUGAUGCUGUUCCUAGAGCUGUAGUUAGCCCCUCUCCUCCUUCAGCCAUGCCUCAGUGACUGGAUUUGUUUUUCCGCUAUGUGAGGAACCACCUUGCACUUUUCUCUUCAUGUCAUCUCAGCUGGCUGACUCGACAGGUCUGUAGCCAUUGCACAUGAAUUUCUGAACUGUCUUUUUUUUUGCUCAGUGAAAGGAACUUGGCUUUGUUUCCUUAUUUUCUCUUUCUAAACGAUGCAAAGAUUGCUUGUCGACAAAGGGUAAAGCUGCUCCGUUCAGCCUGUUGAUUUGUUUUCUUUCCCCCAAAUUAGUGCAUGUGUAAAGUGGCAGAAUGAGGAUAAUAUGUAGAAGAUUAACAGACUUUUUAAUAUUUUGUAAAUAUCUUGGAAUUAUGUAAUUAUGUCAUUUGUGGUAGUGAAAACAGGGAUUUGGGGUUUCAAACAUGCUCAAGUAAAGCAAUCAUGCAGCAUGAAAUA